AUGAUCUUGGCAUUGGCUGCAUAUUUGAAAAGGACUAUGUAUCAGUUUGAUGUUAAAUCAACAUUUCUAAAUAGCGAAUUGCAAGAAGAGCUUUACAUUGCUCAGCUUGAAGGAUUCACAGUUAAAGGCAAAGAGGAGAAAGUGUAUAAGCUCCGAAAAGCUCUCUAUGGACUAAAGCAGGCACCGCGUGCAUGGUACAACAAAAUUGAUACUUACUUUCUCCAAAAUGGCUUUGAAAGAAGUAAGAAUGAGUCCAAUCUUUAUGCCACACCAAUGAAUUUUAAUGAAAAAUUACAAGUUAAUGAUGGUACUGAACCAGCGGAUGCAAGGAGUUUUAGAAGUUUGGUUGGAGGCUUAAUCUACUUGAUUAAUAUGCAACCUGAUAUUUCUUUUACUGUUAGAGUUAUUUCUAGGUUCAUGCAUUGUCCAUCAAAGCAUCAUUUUGGAGCUGCAAAAAGGGUUCUACGUUAUAUUGCUAGAACAGUUGAUUUUGGGAUAUGGUAUGGUCAUGUUUCAGAGUUCAAAUUAUUUGGCUAUACUGAUAGUGAUUGGGCUGGGUGUUUGGAGGAUAGAAGAAGCACAUCUAGUUAUGUUUUUAGUCUUGGAUCAGCUGUUGUGUGCUAG